GCCGUGCGUAAGUUCAGUUUUAUUUUUGUGAGAAGAAGAGAAGUGUGAGAAUAGAGAGGACAGGUGAACAUGCAGCUCCUCCUGGCUCUCUUCUUCCUGCUGGGAAUCCCCAGCGGGGCUCCAGAAAUUCACUCUCUCAAGUAUUUCUACACUGCUUCAACUCAAGUUCCAAACUUUCCAGAGUUUGUGAUUGUUGGUUUGGUGGAUGAAUAUCCGAUUGAACACUACAACAGCAACACCCAGAGAUUACAGCCCAAACAGGACUGGAUGAAUAAAGUCACAGAAGAAGACCCAACAUACUGGGAGACAUCCACUAAUGGAGCUCUGGGAGCUCAGGAAACCUUCAAAGGAAACAUUGGCACAGUGAAGCAGCGUUUGAACCAAACUGGAGGUGUUCAUAUUUUCCAGUACAUGGUCGGUUGUGAAUGGGACGAUGAAACUGAUGACGUGAACGGAUUUCGACAGUAUGGUUUCGAUGGAGAAGAUUUCCUCAUUUAUGACCAGAAGACAGAAACAUGGAUCGCUCCAGUUCAACAGGCUGUUCCCUCCAAACACAAGUUGAGCAAUGACAAAGCAUUGAUGGAUUUUCAUAAACGAUACCUGACCCAGGAAUGUCCUGAUUGGCUGAAGAAGUAUGUGAAGUUUGGUCGGAGCUCACUGAUGAGAAAAGAUCUUCCCUCAGUGUCUCUCCUCCAGAAGACUCCCUCCUCUCCGCUCACCUGCCACGCUACAGGUUUCUACCCCGACAGAGCCGACUUGUUCUGGAAGAAAGACGAGGAGGAGCUCCAUGAGGACGUGGUCAAAGGAGAGAUCCUCCCCAACCAUGACGGGAGCUUCCAGAUGAGCGUUGAUCUGGAUCUUUCAGGGCUCAAAGAUGAAGACUGGGGGAGGUACAGCUGUGUGUUUCAUCUGGCUGGAGGACAGGAAGUCUCCAAGAGACUGGACAAACGGGACAUCAGGACCAACUGGAAGACAAAUGAUGGAGGGUUUCCCACUGGAGCUGCUGCUGGAGGAGUUGUUGCUGCUCUGCUCCUCCUGACAGGCUGCAUCAUGGGACUCAUCGUCUGCUUGAAGAAACCACCUCAAGCCUCUGAAACUUCCUCUUCAUCAGGAGAAGAUCCAGCCAUGAAGAAAGGGAGCAGUGAGGAGCAGAGCAUGUUAAAAACCUCUUCAUGAAGGAAGAGUCCAGAGAGGCUCCAGUCAUUGAGUCUGAUGGAGCAAGAGCCAAAAGAAAUGAUGGAGAAGUUGCUGAUUGCUCCACUCUGAGCUGCUCUCC